GUCGGAGAGGCCAGCGACACACUCAGGCCUGGCCCGUCGGCGCGGCCGUCCGGUGAGCGCGUCGGUGUCGGUGUUGGGCGCACGUGAGCGACGACGGCGACAGACCGACGGUGGACUGGGUGUCGGGAUUGUGACGCAUGGGAGUGGUUUAGUUUGUGGUGCCGCGUGGAUUCGGAACAUAUCGCCCGUGGGUAGGACGGUGAAUGGCACGGAGGACCGGCGGACGUGCUCGUUGAAGCAGUCGUGCAGGGACUGGACUAAGUGCCGGCUACUCCUGCGUCUUUCGAGAUAGUGAGCGCUGCUAUCUGGGUCCCACGUGCCGACAAAGUCGAAGCGCUGGAUUACCAUAUCAAAGUGGAACGCGAGGGCAUGCUGCCUCCGGCGGACCCGACAUGCCCCGAGGCGUGGAACACGGCUAGUCAACAGAGCGACACCAUCAGCUACGAUGGCCACAAGUCGACCAAGGGCGCCAGCAAGAUGCGUCGCGACCUCAUCAACAGUGAGAUCGCGGUACUGCGCGACCUGCUACCGUUGCCCGCCAGCACCCGACAGCGGCUCUCGCAGCUGCAGCUGAUGGCGCUCGUCUGCGUCUACCUGAGAAAGGCCAACUACUUCCAGCAAGUUUUCAAGUCGAUGGAGCCGGAGGCGCGUCCUCCCCCGCCGUUGGGUUUCUCCAAGGCCACCAACGGGUUCCUUAUGAUCACCACGCAAAACGGAAAGCUGCUGUACAUUUCGGACAACGCUGCCGAGUACCUGGGACACUCAAUGGAGGACCUACUGAUCCACGGAGACUCGGUAUACGACAUCAUCGACAAGCAGGACCACCAGGCGAUCCAGGCGGAGCUGAUGCGCGCGCCGGCCGCCACCGCCGCGCCCGCUGACGACCCAAGGAUGUUUCUCUGUCGGAUGAACGUCUCCAGGAACGCCCGGCGGCAGAUGCGGUUCGGUGAUCAGAAGGUGGUGCUGAUCCGCGGUCACUACCUCUCCUAUCUGCCGCUGUGCAGUCGGAACGAGCCCGUCUUCGUGGCCACCUGCACACCGAUCGCCAUGCCAGAGACACGCGAGUGCGUGGUCCAGGGCGCCACCAACGUCUUCACGUCCGUCCACUCGAUGGACAUGAAGUUCAUGCAGCUGGACGAAAACGGAGAGUUCUACCUGGGCCACCGGAGCGCAGAGAUUCAGGGACUCUCCUGGUAUCAGCUCGUCCACUGGGACAACAUGCGAGACGUCCAAAGCAAGCACAAACUCAUCAGCACGUCGGACCAGGACCGCGCCUGUAUCCUGCUGCUGCGUCUGCAGGGUCGCGGGGGUCACUGGCUCUGGGCCCACUGCGUGCUGCAGGUCAAGGAGAACCUGGAGAGCUCGCAACACCCGGUCAUCAUCUGCACCUGCCAGGUCCUCAGUGAUGAGGAGGCGGCCGUGAUGCGUGCCAACGCCUGGCUCUACCACUACUACUCGAUGCAGGGCAAGCUGCAGUACAGCCUGCAGUACGACGCGCAGACGCCGGCGCCGGCCUAUUACCAGCAGCUGCUCGGCUACUCCCACCACCACCACCCGCACGAGGCGGCCGCUCUGCACUCGGCCUACCUGCACGCGCCCAUCUCCCCGCACCCGGGCGCGCACCACCUGUCCCCUCCAGUCCUACCGACAGCCCAGUACGCGCUGCCGCCGGCGCCCUAUCACGCCUACCCGUCCCUGGAGCCGUCGCAGUGGCCGCGCUACGAGCACACCUUCAGCUCGGCGGCUGCCGAGCGGCCCGAGCCGGCACCGGCGCCGUGCCCGGCGCCGUUCACCUCGCCCCAGAAGCGGCCGGCCACGCCGCCCUCCCCGCGGCGUCGGCUGUGCGCGCCCACAGUAGUGCCUCCGGCUGGGAGCCCCCCGCGCCAGCCGCUGCCCAUCAAACGGCGGCUGAUGGCCUACGGACAGAGCGGUUACGGCAGCUACGGCUGGAGCGGCCGCGGCUCGCCGCAGCACGCCGCCUCGCCCGGCUCCGAGCGCAGAGACGGCCACUUUGGCUUCUCCGGCGGAGGCGGCGGAGGAGGCGGCGACACUGCCGUGAUGACCGCGGCGCGGUUCUCGCCGCUGAGGCUGCAGGGACCUGGUCAGAAGGGCGUGGAUCCGGCGCUGGAGACGACAGCCGCUCAGGAGAGCUGGUCUUUCAGCCCUCCGUGGCAGGAGAGCAACCAGCGCGUACCGGACCUGGUGGCUCCGUCGCACGAGGCGGUCGGCUCACCGCGCCUGGGGGAUCCCCACGCGGUCGAACAGCGCCCUCUGCUCGCCGGCUGGGCGGAUGUGUCGUCUCUGCACGACUUUACGACGCCGCUCUCGACGUCGUCGGCCUCGUCACCGUCGGAGACGUCAGGAGAUGACGCGGCCAGCCGUGAGGAGACUCGGGUACCGACGUGGGCGCACCCUGCCACCGGAGCGGUCACCAGCAGCUCCGCCGUCCCCCUCAGGCUCGACAGUCGGGCUACGAGAGAGCGACAUCAGCUGAUCUCAGACGUUUCGCCGUGACCUCAACCAGGCCGUAGUCAGCUGUCUGCUGUCGUGACGUGACCCUCUCAGCUGGCCCUAGUGUGGUGCUCUGGAACACUGUUUGGUGCCGCCGUGCGGUGAGAGAGUGGUGAGCGUGGUGAGCGUGGUGAGCGCGGUGAGCGUGGUGAGAGUGGUGAGCGCGGUGAGCGCGGUGAGAGUGGUAGGUCCUCCGUGAGCCAAGUCGCACUAGCGAGACGUCAGGGUGUAUCGUUUCACGCGGCACGAGCUAAGGGAUGCCCACGGACCAGGAGCAGACUGAUGCUCGAACCUGAAGAGGAAGGAGCUCUCACCUCAGCUUCCUUUUGGUCUCGGAGCGGAUGCCACUCUGGUUUGUCCACGCUAGACUGACGAAUGAUGAUCUUAGCCGGGAAUCGUGACAGAUUCCUAGCGUAAUCUCUAAUAUUUAUUACGAGAGGUGCCGUCUGUCGGGUAGUUGUGAAUUGGUAGACGAUAGGACGAGAUAUAGCACGGGGGUCGGGUGCAGCCGGUGAGUGUUUUGUACAUAUGGUAGUCUUUAUAUGUGCAGCGAUUUGUUUCCCGUGUGUUUUUGUACCAAAUAUUGCGAUACAAAGUUGUUGAUGUCGGUUUGUUGAGAAAGCAAUAUAAGAUAUUUCAUUUUC